AUGGCUCUGUCCUGGAGGAGCUGGAUGGCCAAUGAGGGGAGCAAACAUCUCUUUCUGUUUUUCUGGCUCUCUCUCAAUGCAUGGCUCUUCUGGAAAACCUUCCUGCUCUAUUAUCAAGGGCGGCAGUAUUAUUAUUUACAUCAAAUGUUAGGGCUAGGAUUGUGUAUUAGCAGAGCUUCGGCGUCUGUCCUCAAUCUCAACUGCUGCCUGGUCCUUCUGCCGAUGUGCCGUGUUCUCUUGGCCUUCCUGCGAGGAUCUCAGAAGGUUGCCAGCAAGAAAACCAGAAGGCUGCUAGAUAAAAGUAAAACUUUCCAUGUGACGUGUGGUGUUACAAUCUGUAUCUUUUCAGUCUUACAUGUUGCUGCUCAUCUGGUGAAUGCUCUUAAUUUCUCUGAGAACUACAAUGAAGACUUUCAGGCACUAAAUGCAGCAAAUUAUCGUGGCGAGGACCCGAGGAAACUGCUUUUUGCUACUGUUCCAGGUCUGACUGGAGUCAUUAUGGUGUUAGUGUUGUUCCUGAUGUGCACAGCUUCUACGUAUGCCAUCAGGGUUUCAAACUAUGACAUCUUCUGGUACACACACAACCUUUUCUUUGUCUUCUAUAUGCUGCUGAUGCUUCAUGUUUCUGGGGGAGUGCUCAAGUACCAGACCAAUUUAGAGGAACACCCUCCUGGUUGCAUUAAUCCUAACAAAACACUCCAUCAGAAUAUGAUGGUGCCAAAGGCUUUUGAAGAUCUGCUUCCUGACUAUACUACUGAACCUUUCCCAGAGGACUUAUCAGUACCAGAACCCUUUGCACGAAAUAACUUCAUGAGAAUUUGUUCUGAGGAACCCAAGUUCCAGUCACACUUCCCAGAGACGUGGAUUUGGAUUUCUGGACCUCUGUGCUUGUACUGUGUAGAAAGGCUGUACCGCUACAUCCGCAGUAAUAAACCAGUCACAAUAACUUCAGUGAUAAGCCAUCCCUCCAAUGUCCUUGAAGUAAGGAUGGUGAAAGAUGAUUUUAAAGCAAGGCCUGGUCAGUAUGUCAUUCUGCACUGUCCAAGAGUGUCUGCACUGGAAAGCCAUCCAUUCACCCUUACAAUGUGCCCUACAGAUACCAAAGCAACGUUUGGGGUCCACCUUAAAGUAGUAGGAGACUGGACAGAAAGAUUUCGGGAUUUACUGCUUCUACAUUCAAAUCAAGACGCAGAGAUUCUGCCCAUCUUUCAUCAGAGGCGCUAUCCCAAACUCUAUGUGGAUGGACCUUUUGGAAGCCCCUUUGAGGAAUCCCUAAACUAUGAGGUCAGCCUCUGUGUAGCUGGUGGUAUUGGAGUUACACCAUUUGCAUCAGUACUCAACACACUGCUUGAUGACUGGAAAUGCUACAAACUCAGAAGACUCUACUUCAUAUGGGUGUGCAGGGACAUUGAAUCUUUCCACUGGUUUGCAGAUCUGCUCUGUAUGUUACAUAACAAGCUCUGGCAGGAGAAUCGACCAGACUAUAUAAAUAUCCAGCUGUACCUCAGUCAGACAGAUGGAAUACAGAAAAUAAUUGGUGAAAAAUAUCAAGCUUUAAACUCAAGGCUUCUGAUUGGACGACCCCAUUGGAAACUCCUUUUUGAUGAAAUAGCAAAGUGUAACAGGCGGAAAACCAUUGGAGUUUUCUGUUGUGGACCAAACAAAAUAUCUAAGAUACUUCAUAAACUGAGCAACGGCAGCAAUUCUUACGGGACAAGGUUUGAGUAUAAUAAAGAAUCAUUCAGCUGA